UUGAUUUGGUUGAAAUAAGAAAGCGACAGCUCAGGAAGGCCAUAAAGCCCAUCCUUUUCGCCAAGCUGCUUCUUAGCGGAGCAGAAAGCCCCAGCCCGGAGCCCACCCAAACCAUUCGAGGAGCAGGGCAGCGAAGAGGCAGAAUCAUCCGGACACGGACAAGACGUCCUGAGGUCGAAGGACCAUGGAGAAGUUUUGGACGGGGCUCAAACUGCACCUCAGGUACUCCACCGUCCCGGGGUAUGGCUUGGCGACCAUGGUGACCGCGGGCGGGGAGCGCAUCCUCUUCACCGUGGCGUUCCAGUGCCCCUGCAGCCUGGUCUUCCUGCUCGUGCCGGCGCUGGCGCUCUUCCUCCUGUGCUACGUGCUGAGCGUGCGCGCCUGGCGCCUGGUGACCGGCUGCUGCGAGCUGUGGUCCCGGGCCAAGGUGUGGACGCAUCUCACCUGGGCCGGCAUGCUCGCGUCCCUCACCUGGGUGGCGGUGGCGCUGCUCGGGGGCGCCUUCUACGAGUGCGGCGCCAGCGGGAGCACCGAGGUGGCGCGGCGCCUGUGCGCUGGCCGCGACUCCAGCUGUGCUGCCCGGCUGCCGCUGGUGCCCUGCCAACAGGCCGGGGAGCCCGACGUGCAGGACCUCCUGAGGGAGCUCAGGGCCCAGUCGCAGGUCAGGAGCUGGUGCUGAGCGCGGCUGGGAGGAGAGGGGAGGGACAGACGGUGUGGGGUAGAAAUCGGUGCCCUUUCUCCGGGCAGGCGACACCCAAAGGCAAACUAGAAUGGCUGCUUGCGUCUAAUGAGCCCAUAGGCGAAUAUGUAAAUAAAACAAAUGAAGAAGAGGAGAGGCGCUCAAAGGGUGUCAGGCACCUGCUCUGUGCCAGAAACCGUCUAGGCUCUUUACUCCUCCAUUAUUCUCUUACAUCUUCAUAGCGAAUACACUGAGUCUUGGUUAUUCUUCGUCCAUCGAGAAGAAGGUAGAAGACUUGUUAGAAUAAAAUGGGUCGGCUUGGCUCUAAAGCCACCACCUCACACUGCUUCUGGGUUUAUAAAGCUCAGAGGUUCUUGAAAAUGAAUGCUUGUUUCAUUGGAUUUGCCGAGAAAUUCCACGUCUUGAGUUCUAGAGGAGUGACAUUCAGGCUCUUCCCUGCGCCCUUGACAUGACUGGGAAAAUGACUGACUUGUCAAGCAAGCAGUUAUACUGAGGGGUUCGGGAGGGUGCUGCCACUUCUUUCUCUAAAGGGAUUAAGACCUAAAACUGUUGCUUGUUCAUCAUCCUAGCCAUGUGUAGUUCAAACUUUAUCUGAGGAUUUUACAAUUUUUUAUAAAAGAUGUAACUAAAUUGCUAUUUUGUUGUGUUUUCCUAAGGUGCUGGGCUGGUGCGUGAUAGCAGCUGUUAUCAUUGCCCCUCUGAUUUUUGUAUGUGUCUCCCGAUGCCUAGCUACAGGUAGUUUCCUGCAACUGCAAUUUUUGAAAACGUAUUCGGAACAGGAGCAGGAGAUCCUUAAAAGACAAACCACAGAGCUUGCAACCAAAUUGGCAGAAGAGAAUGUUAAAUGUUUUUUUGAGAGCUCACAUCCAGAGACAUACGACGCUCCAAGUGCUAAAGACUGGCAGCAAAUUUCACUCCCACGUACUUUCAAACCGAAUGAGCAGGACUACAGUGUGUUGCACAAAUAUGUUAAAACAAAAGCGAAGAAACAUCUUCUGAGUUCUUCCGAAAGAGAUGAAGUGGUUUCUUCUCUCUCUGUAGAUUCACCUGAUAUGGUGACCACUGCUGAGUUAUGACCUUAUUAAUGAAUAAGAAAAAGAGUUCUUUUGAAUUAUUGCUUCAUUUGAAAUAAA